AGCAGCUCCCAGCAGUUCAACUUCAACACAAACCAUGUUGUCUGUAGCUCUGCUGCUGCUGCUGCUGGCAGCUGGAUCCUGUGUGAACAGUCAGCAGUUGAAUCAACCAGCGUCUCUGACUGUCCAGCCAGGACAACCACUGACCAUCACCUGUCAGGUCUCUUAUUCUGUUAGUAGCUACUGGACAGCCUGGAUCAGACAGCCGGCAGGAAAAGGACUGGAGUGGAUUGGAUCUGGAAGAAGUGGUCGCAGCACAGACUACAAAGAGUCACUAAAAAACAAGUUCAGUAUCUCUUCAGAAGAUUCCAGUGACACAGUGACUCUAACAGGACAGAAUAUGCAGCCUGAAGACUCAGCUGUGUAUUAUUGUGCCAGAGACACACAGUAACACAAACCACUGCACUGUGUGUUUGACUACUGGGGUAAAGGGACCAAAGUCGAUGUUGCUGCGACCGCCACACCAAAGGCCCCUACUGUGUUUCCUCUGGAGCAAUGUGGCCCCGAGACCGGAGACACCGUGACUCUCGGCUGCCUCGCCACCGACUUUACACCCGCCUCACUGGGCUUCAGAUGCACCAACGCCGAGGGAGUUGCCCUGCCUGAUGUACUUCAGUACCCCGCUGUUGAGAAAAACAGGGCUUACUUUGGAGUCAGUCGGGUCCGCGUGCAGCGAGACUACUGGGACGCCAGGAAAGUUGUCAACUGUGUUGUUGAGCAUUCAGCAGGACAAAAACAAUGCCGCCUUCAGAAGAAAGUCGAGUUUCAUCAGUUGCCAACUCUUAACGUGUUGAUCUCUCCUGAGAUGAAGAAUGAGAGAUCAGCUUCCUUCUCCUGCUUUGCCACUGAUUUUUCACCAAAUGCUCAUGAAAUCAAAUGGCUCAGAGACGAUGAGGAAAUCCGUGACAAAAUCUCUGAGAUCCAGACCUCCUUUGAGCCCAAACGUAAUGAGAAUGGGACUUUGUACAGUGUCGUAAACUAUCUCCAGGUUGAUAAAAGUGCUUGGACGGAAUCGGAAGCCAAGAUUACAUGUGUGUUUAAGCAAAAAGAAGAAAAUGUCAACAAAUCUGUGCCCUAUAAUACCACACCGGGUUCCACCACAUGUACUGACCCAUGUGUAUAUGUUGACAUUGAGAUCUUGCCCCUCAGUUUGGAAGACCUGUUUCUGAACAAAAAAGCAAAACUUGUUUGUGAAGUGCUGGAAAAACAAGGAUCCGUUGAGUCUGUUGAGUGGCAGGACAAAGAUGGGAAACCUUUAAACAAGGACAGUCAUAAGAGCAGCCGAGGACCCCACAACCUCUACAGAAUUGAAGUGGAUGUCCUGUUUGAGGAGUGGAGCGAGGGGAUGGAAUAUUAUUGUGUUGUUGAACACAAAGACUUAAUUAAAGCUGUAAGGGAGCGUUUUCAAAGGGACAAAGGAGAAACGAUUAAGCGUCCAUCUGUUUUUCUGCUGAGUCCAGUAGAACAAACUAGUAAUGACGUGGUGAUCCUGACUUGCUAUGUGAAAGAUUUCUACCCCAAGGAGCUUGUAGUGUCUUGGCUUGUUGAUGAUGUGGCAGCAGAUCCAGCUACCUAUACAUCCAAUGCCACAAAUCUUUUAGAAAACAGCGGAUUCUACUCUGUAUAUAGUGAGCUUACGUUGAGCUUGGACCUUUGGAAGAAAAAUGACAAGGUGUUCAGCUGCGUUGUCUACCACGAGUCUAUGAUGAAAACAACAGGAGUCAUUAUUAGGUCCUUUGUACAAAACACCAAUGAAAAACCCAACCUGGUUAACGUCAGCCUUAACAUCCCUCAAAUUUGCAAGGCCGAAUUAAAUGAAAACGUGGAAAAGCGGGUUGUCCAUCCGACCGUCACCAUGUCCCCUGACUGGAGGUGGGUCUCUGGGGCUGCAGAAGUGAGCCUUGUGUGCACCUACAGCGGUUACUACCCAGACGACCUAGAGGUGCAGUGGCAAAUAGACAGCCGUGCUGUCGACAUCGUUCCGGUCCAAAAGAAGUUUCAAGCUGGGGAAAAGGAGGGAAAAACUUUCAGCCUAAGCAGCCAGAUUGAGUUGGACCGGAAAAACUGGACAAAUGGCUCAAAUGUCACGUGCAAGUCCAAACACCACGACGCCGAGUUGAGCAAAUCAAUCAGUAUUUGUGCAAUUUACCCUUCCUCCCCUCCUUGCAUUCACCUGGAGACCCCCAGCUUCAAAACAGUGAUGAUGGCAAAGCCUGAGGUGACGGCUACGUGUGUGGUUGAGACUGUCUAUGAUGCCAAGGUGACCUGGCAUGUCGAUGGGGAAGAAAUCUCAGCCACAAGAACCGUGCCGAACCGGACCGGCAGCAAGACCUAUUUCAGCAGCAACCUGACUGUUUCCACAGACAAGUGGAUGACGUACAGUCGCGUGACAUGUAGGGCUGAACACCCCUGCUCCCCUCCAGCUGAAAAGACGGUGGAUAUAAGGCUUACAGCGGACAGGGCCCCGUCGGUGCUGAUCAGAAGAUCUCUGCCACACUUGCUUCAUGGAGACGAUGCCGUGCUGGAGUGUGACGUCAGACAACUCUCCUCUAGCGACCUCUACGUCACCUUUCAGGCCAACGGAAGUGACAUAUCUGAAAAACAAUUUGUUGAUCUUUCCAAAGCCACAGGCCUCACUUCAACCACUCUCCAGUUCUCAGUUCCAAAAACCCACCAGGGAAAAGACAACACGUUCACCUGCAAAGUGAACCAAGGCUUCGUCAACAGCUCGGUAUCAGACUCAACCGGACGGAUUUUUGGUGACCUGUCAAUGGAGCUUCUUCUGGUCCCCAGUAAAGACUCAGGACAACAGAAACUCUUGUGCAUUGGCUGGGGUUUCAGUCCCCAAAUCAAAUGGCUUUCUGGGUCUCAGGACAGAUCGGCAUCAACUAAAGACAUCUUAUUAGGUGAAGACGGUCGUGUGGCAGUAAUCAGUCAUCUCAAUGUGCCUCAAAACGAGUGGACAAAAGCAGUGGUCUUUACUUGUGAAGUCUCUGACAAGGUUUUAAAUAAAACUGUCCGCGAUGAAAUGGGCUUCUGUUCAGUAACAGCAGCAUCAUCUCGGAAAGCUGGUGUCUUCAUUCAGGGUCCAGCUCUCCAGGAACUGCAGACAGAUGAACAGUUGGCUUUCACCUGUCUUCUGGUUGGUCAAAAUCUUGAAGAUUUCUCCAUCACUUGGAAAGUUGGUGGAAAUAAGUCUCAGAGGGCAUUGACUGAACCACGGCUGAGUCACGACAAUGGGACCGAGACCAUUCGUAGCUUCCUGAACGUAUCAGCAAAGGCUUGGCUCACAUAUACACAAGUAUCCUGUGAGGGGAAGCACCUAUGCUCCACACAGGGUUACGAGACGCACAUAAGCAGAAGUAGAGAUCCUAAGCCGCCAUUUGUGAAGAUAACAAGGCUGAAUGACACGGACCUGCCGGGCUCAAACAUGGAAACGCUCAUUUGCCUUGUGACUGGAUUUUCCCCCUCUGGCAUCUUAGUGUUUUGGGAGAAGGACGGCUUGAGGCUGCCAGUAUUACAAUAUACUAUCAGCCCUGUCUGGAAAUACACAGACAGCAACACCUUCUCACUGAACAGCAGACUGAACAUAUCCCGGCGGUCCGAGAGGGACCAGGAAGCUGCAUAUUCCUGUGUAGUAAAACACGAGUCAUAUGAGGAACUAUUCAAAAGCACAGUACAACCUGUGUUUGCUCCAGUGACACCGAGUCCACCUUCAGUCACCCUCCUCCAUGGCCCUGGCGAGCUUGUGUGUCUGGCAAAUGGUUUCAGGCCUGCACCGGUGAACAUCAGCUGGUUCCUUGAUGAGACUACAGAGUUGUGGAGCUACAACACCAGUGAGCCACACAGAGGACCACAGGGGGACUUCAGCGUCCAGAGCCGACUCCGCCUGCCCCCUGUUGACUGGCCACUCGGGGCAGUCUACACUUGCAGGGUGACACAUGUUACCCUGACACUGGCCUUAAAUUUCACCAAACCAAAACUUCUAGACCAUGUGUACGUUGACCAGAACCAGCAUGAUGUUGUUAUUCAAGAUGUGGAGGAAGAAGACUGGUACAUGGCCUUCACUUUCCUCCUGCUCUUCUUCAUUUCCCUUCUCUAUGGAGUGACAGUCACCCUCAUAAAGUUCUGCUCCAACCAAGAAAAGAUUAGGUUCUGA